AAAAAGGCCCUUGAAUUUCUCUCCAACCACUGACCACAUAAUAGCCAUGAAAGCAUUGUGAAUGUGCCAUAACAACCUCUUUUUUUCACCAAAACCCCCUAAUGAAAAUUUGCAUUCUAACCAUGUCAGUGAUCGUCGUCUCCUAUUGCGGCACUGGAAUGACGCCUGACCUUAGUCUAAACUAUGAUCGCCCAAGAUCAUAUGGGAUACAUGUAAGUCCAGGAUAUGUGAAAGGGGCCGCGACUUAUAUGGUGAUGGAUAACUUGGAGAUCAAACCAAUGUCAAUCUCUCUUGUCAGGUCUGUUACCAAGGAUUUCGAUUCUAUUAUGGAGAAACAGGUUCAUCUCGGCUACCAGGAGAAUCAAUUCCAUAUUGAACCUUCCCAAGCUAAGAAGGAUGUUUUUGAAUCUAAUCUACGUUUGAGAUUCAAAAACUUCAAAGCCAAGUUGGUGAGUGGCUGGAUUUCUAAGACGAGAGAGAUAAGUAAGGUAGAGAAAGGUGAAAAUGAAGGAGAAAAUGAUGGUGAAAAAGAAGGUGAAAAAGCGCCACCGAUAAAGCUCCCUUUUGACAUUUGGAAGCACAUCACACCAGAGGAAUGGGAGGCUUUUGUUGCACAAAAAACAACUCCAGAUGCAGUGGCAAAGCGCCAAAAGUGUUCAAAUUAUGCAAAGAAGAAAAAACAUACUCAUCGGCUAGGUCCCGAGACUUAUGAAGAAAAGAGGAAGAGAUGGAAAGAAAAAGGAUUAUACCCCAACGGUGGCAACACCCGUGCCAAUGAUUGGUGGUGUUCGGUGCAUAGUCUCGACAAAAAUGGGAAAUAUGUAAUUGUUAAUCCCGAAACAAAAGAGGCUUGUGAUAAACUAGUUGAAUAUCAACAAGCAUGUGCCGAAGGCAAGGUUUCUUCAGUUUUAAACAAGGAUCCCUUGUACAUGACUCUUGGACCUGACCCUUCCGGGCAUCCAAGAGGUUUCGGAGGGGUACGUGUUGGCUUGAAAAAGGCGUAUGGUGAAGAAUAUCGCAAGCCCACCAACUCAAACUUCAGUGCAUCUUCAACAGCUUCAGAUAUAGCUUCGAUGAGAGAAGAACUGAAGAAGGAGAUAACUGAGGCAAUCCUACAACAGAUGGGCUUACAAAGCUUGGAGUUGCCCCGCCGUAGCCCUUUGGAUUCAUCAAGCCAACCAAUUCUUGACCUUCAACCACCUAAUGAAGGUCAAGAACCUACUGGAGUUCAACCACCUGCUAGAGUUCAGCCGUCUACUGGAGUUCAACCAAUGCUUGGAGUUCAACCAAUGCUUGAAUUAAAGGAGGAGACGCCUUGCGAACUACUACACCCGGGACAAUCAAAUGGUGAUAAAUUGUAUGUGGUGGCCGAUGCGAAUGCACAACCACAAAGUGACCGACCACUAGUCCACUUCAAGCAAGUCCCGAGUGGUUAUUAUGCGGUCAGCCCAUACAAUGUUCAUGAAGACUAUUUGGAUUGGAUACUUCCGGUGCCCAACAAUUUCCUCCAUACUUUGGCCGAUGCCUCCGAUUCUCAUGUACUAUGGCCAUUUGCAUGGGUGAAGUUUUCAAACGAGAUCAUCAAGAAACUAAAAGCGCCACCAAUGAAAGCUAAACAAAAGAAACCACCAACUCAAGCUAGCAAAGAUGGUCAACGAUCAAUGGAGUUGAUUGCAAAAGGAAGUUCACAAGGCAAGAGUCAAGACUCCAAACUUAAAUCAUCGAAAGGUCCAGUUUCUCAUGCAAAUUUACUUGUGGAAUCAGAUGUUUUUGACUCUCUUAGUAAGCCGUGCAAAUGGUUGCAUAGUCUUGUUAGUGAGUUACCGGGUGGUAAUGCUAUUGGAGUUCAGAUGGACAUGUCAUUAUUCCACUUUUUCGAGCAUGGCACAACAUGGGUAACUAAAGACGAUAUAUGUGAAUUCCUCAAAGUUGAUAUGCUUAAUAUUUCAAUGAUACAAAUCUUCAUGAGGUCUCUUCAGUUCGAUGAUUUUAGUUCGGAUAGUCAAAUUGGGUGGUUGGAUCCACAAUCAAUAAGUGGUGCUAGUUGCAUGAACAAUCGAGCCGAAGUCAGUCAAUAUCUCGAUGACGGUAUCCGUCAAUGCACAAAAGCGAAAAACAAGUUCAUAUUAGCCCCGUACUUUGAAGAAGUGUUGAUGAAAAUGAAUGUCAAAAAAAGCGCACUUUCUCAAUGGAAAUCAGUUAAGUGCGCCCAACAAGAGGGUGGGGUCGAGUGUGGCUAUUACGUGAUGAAAUUCAUGCAUGACAUAUUCAAAAGUUGCAAGGAAGUUCAAGAUCUGGAAAAGGUUUUCAAAACUCCAAGGGAGGAGCCCUUUACCAAAAAGGGGUUGGAUGAGGUUCGAGACAAGUGGGCUAUUUACUUCAACGAUUGUGAACUACCCUCAGUGUAAUAAAUAGAGCAGAUUUGUAGUUAUUCGUGACUCUUACAUUAUUUUGUUAUUUAUCGAUUUAAUUAAUUACAUUUGAAUUAAUUCGGUAAUAUUAUUGGAAAUUUGAAAUUUAUAUCAUUUUUGAGAAUGUCAAGCUGGUGUUUGAUGAAACAGAAAUUAUAUUGCAAAAUCAGAAAUUAUAUUGCAGAA